AUGCCGGGACAUAAUGAGGCAGAGGUGGCGCGGAGCACGCCGGGGUGCACUCUGGCGGGGCUGCGCGGGGCAUGCCGGGAUAUAGCGAGGCAGGAGGGCCCGGCCGGGGUCGGGUCCGGUCACAUAGCGGAGCCGCUGCGGCGGGUCCCUGUCCGGGCUGCGGGCCCGCCGCCCUCCUGUGAUCCCGGGCGCCGCAGCACCGACCGCAGGCACCGGCCUGAGGGUGCCCACAGCCGGCGGGUGUUUGACUCCUCGUCCCUCCCGCAAGGGAGGAUUUACCCCUCGGGGCUCAGGACCCCCACACCCCCCGGCUUUAGGGGUUUCUUUUUUGGGGGGUUCGUGCCCCCUCUCCGCCUGUUCCUCGGCUCCCGGCCCCAGGACGCCUUCCAGCACCCCUACGGCAGGAGCCUGCAGGCCCACGGCCACUCCCGGUGGGACGCUGAGCACAGCACGAGCGUGGCAGGGCCCCCGCAGACGGGCAGGCUGGCGCUGUACCUGCUGGCGCUGCGGGCCACCUGUCUCCCAGCCCGUUCCCAUCGCACGCUGGUGACGUGGCUCAAGCACUACCUGGAGGAGGACUGGAUAGGCUCCUGGCAGGACGGCCACCCCCUCACCAGUUACUACCAGUACGGGCUGGGCGUGCUGGCGCUGUGCGUGCACCACAAGCGGGUGCGGGAGGGGGUGAUCCGGCGGCUCCUCACGGCCCAGAACUAUGGAAGGCUGGGGCACCAUGGCAGUCUUGUGGACACCGGGGCCGUGGUGGCACUGGCCUUCACCUGCCUGGAGCAGAGGAAGUUGGUGGGCACCAACCUGGCGGCCGAGCUCCAGGUGGCUGCACGCAUUAUCAGAUGGGACAUUGCCGAGCUCCAGGGCUCCGACGGCAUCAUCGGCAACAUCUACAGCACCCCGUGGGCCCUGCAGGUGUUCCUGGCCACAGGCUCAUGCCACCCGGAGUCGGAGUUCAGCCGGGGCAUGGCUGCACUGCUGGAGAACCUGGAAGCCUUCGGCACUGCCGCCACCAUGGCCCAGGUGCUGCCGGUGCUGCACGGCCGCUCCUACCUGGACAUCGCUUCCAUGCCCUGCCGGGAGGAGCCAGACACGCUGACACCCCUGGACAUGGAGCCCCCGGCUGAGGUGCCGGGGAACAAGACGGUGCAGCUGGUGGUGGAGUGUCCCCUGCCCUGGUGCUACGAGCUCCGGCUCUACGACCGCCCCGUGCCUGUGCCCGCCUCCGCCUCCCUGCUGGGCGUGCUCCAGGCGGCCGCUGCGCUGGAGCCCCACGUCUUCAAGUUCCGCACCCAGGAGACGCCCCAUGGCCCCUUCCUGACCCAGGUGCUGGGGCUGGAGGCCCGGCCGGAGAAGAGGAACUACUGGCGGCUCCUGCGCGCGCCCGACACCCCCCUGCAGAUGGGAAUUGCUGACUACAGACCCAAAGAUGGGGAGACCCUCAUUCUACGCCUCAGCGAGUGGUAGAGGGUGGGGGGUGAUGGCAAUGAAACCCCGACUGUGGGCACAGGA